AUGAAGCUCCUCCACUGGUGCUCGAUAUCGCCUGAAGGACCAUCGGGGUUGGCAGCCGUCCGUUUCAAUAAGCCAGUUCGCGUGUCUUUUAUACGCGUCUACCCGUCGGGCGCCCAACCGUUUGUCAAUUGUCCGGACAUCGUGGCUGAGACGGAUCCCAAAGCAUUCUACCUUGAUAUUUUCUUCAAUGCCCACCCUCUUCAUCCAGGAGAGUCCAAGGAGAAACAACGAGCUCCAAAUGCGCUGGUACCAACGUCAAUUGCGUACUCUGGCGGACAAGUGGAUUUUACGGUCGAUAUGGGAACUGAGUAUUCAACGCGUCUCAUGAUUGUCAAGGGCAAAUUCCAAGUCCUUUCUCUAGCAGUUUACGGCGAGAUAGUAUCAGAGAUACCACCAGCAGCAGAAACUUAUGAACCCGCUCCUCUGCCACUGCUGUCAUCUGCCCCACUCCCCAAGUCAGUCGACCCAGCCAAUGCUGCGGAUCCAACGCAGCUCGCCAAAGCCCUUCUCAUGCUGGUUCCCGAUUCGCCGCCCCUGCACCUCGUAAUUCGGCUCAUCUUCUGUUUAAAACCGGCCUAUGAAGACUGGGAUGAUCCUAAAUUUCCGUAUCAUAAUGACACCAACUUGCAGACUGAUAGCGACUUUAGUCUUGAAAGAGCCUGGAAGAUGAUUGAAACACCUAUCCGUGACGACACUUCAGAGGAGCUGAUAUCCAGCUUCUCAGAGAGAGUUGCAAGCUUGCUUGGUAGCAAGAGCGUAAAUCAAUCAUAUCAUAUCGCUAAACUAUUCAGUAUAUCUGCAUCGCAGAUGCCUUCAUUGGGGCUGGCUCUAUGUCAACAAAUUGACCCAACAGAUGUUUUCGAUGUCAGUGUCGUCGAUGAUGGAACAAUUUGCCAUCUAUUGGAUGCCGUCGCCAAUGCUGAUAUUGCUCGGCAUUUUAGUACUGAGGCAUUCCUGAACGUGCUCCAAGAUAUUCAAGACAAUCCAAUUUCAGAUCGAUUGUCCAAGCUGGCCGCUAGCCGGCUUGUGGAUAGGAUCAAGGGAUGGGGCGUUUUGGAGGAUGCACUUUCAAACUCCAAGGCCAAUUUUGAGACAAGCAUGAAGAUGCUGAAUGACGUCGGAAAUGAAGAACAGUCAUUGGGGACGUGGCUAGAAACUAUGACUUUUCACGAAGAUUUGGUAACAAAGUUAUCUGAGAAUUCUGCACCAUCUACACAACUUCCUCCUCCGCGAGUCCCUUCCACCUCAAUCGAGCAUGAUGAAUUUAUUCGUUUUGUGAGGGCCUUCAUCGGUGUUGGCGCCGUCUUCGCAGCAUGGGCUUGGUCCGAUAGCACUGGAGCUGAAUCAUGCAGAGAGCGUGCUCUAGCAAUCAUUUUGAUGUGGCAAGGCGUUGACGGCUACCGGGAGAUUGUGAACCGCCUAUUGCUGGUUCGUCAAUUCUCACGGCGCCUGAAAUGGAUAGCUGUAAAUGAAGACGGCGAGCCUCCCAAAAAGUCUUAUACCUUAGCGGAGCAAAUCAUCAUCGAAAUGGCGAAAGACCCUCAAGCUCUUCUCCAUACUGAUUUCGCCGAGACUGUGCUCGAUCUGGUUCCACCACUCUCUUUCAUAUCUGAGAACCAAAGGUUAUCUUUGCGGAAGGCCGCUUUGGUUGCUACGGACGGGCUACCUGCAGCCAUCGAGGAGCUUACGUUUUCCAGUGAUCAUCCCCUUUCUUUGCGCAGGCUCCGUACUAUUCGAGUGUCGCUAGCAAUCGUUGAACGGGAGCUUCGGACUGAAAACGAGGCCCGUGACGGUGAAUUCAACGUCCUGGAAACUAUCUGGGACGAGCAUUCUGUCGGGCUCGUUCCCCAGCUUCUGUCGAUCUUGACAGGAGUUUCAGGGGAUCUGAACGAACAUUUCGUAAUCACCUCUUCUCCUGCCCCGAUGAACCAGGAACUUGUUGAACAGUUGUUCCAUACCGCGAAUGACCUUCUCCGUCUGAUAUCCCUGCUCUCCCUCUCCUUCCCUCUGACUCCACGUCCGUUGCGUUGCUUCAGUGUUACAUUAGCAGACAUUUUUGCCUGUUCCGAAGCAGCAAGAACCAUGUACAGUUCUGCAUAUGUUCCGGCGCAAACAGCCCGGCACACGUGUAUAGCUCUCAUUUGCGAAGUCUCCAAGCCCGACCUUCUCACUGAGACAGGGAAAUCUGCGAGCCAGAUUGUCCUCCAAGCCUUGCUCGAGCAUGGCGCUCGUAGCAGCAGGCGUGAUCCACUAUCUCAUUUGGCACAGGUGUUCACUCUUAUUCUCGACUACGUGCUCCCACAGCCACAGGAUGGGAAUGAUGUCUGGGUUUCGACGGUUCUUCCGCCACUUUUACCCUCGAUCAAGGACUUCCUACGUUUACUGGACGUCCAGAGGAAAGCGCUUAUGGUCAGGCGCAUCAUUGCGUUGGACGACGGGGUCAUUGGUGUUGCAGAAUGGCUUUUGAUCGAAGAGUUGAAGGCUUUGCUCCAGACAGUGACAGCGCUGAGACUGGCACAGGACACACCCGUCACUGUUGCUCGGCAAUGUCAGGUGAAUAUGUCGCUUCAGCUUCUUGUUGAAAUGCUGGAGAGCUCGUCGAGUUGGUUCGUUACUACCGUUUCCGAAGUCCCAGAUGUCUGCGACGCUCUGAAGGCAUGCAUCAUGGCAUUACUCGAUGGCCAAUUCUCUUCACCUUUUCUAACGACGCUUGUUCGCUCACUAGCGAGAUGUACCGAACUCACUGACGUUAUGUUCCCGGUUCUUCUUGGUCUUGUGAGAACACAGCAUGAUACACCAGAACAAUGGUCGUUGUCUCUCGAGAUCCUGAAGAGCCUUCCUCCUGCUGCUAUACACGCAGGGCCUCUUCGUCAAGAGCUAGGACAGGGUAUGUCAGCUUUGGCAAGAUCGUCAGGUGACAUGCUCAGCGCCAACGUUGUCAAUUCGUUAAUAUCCAUGCUUGAGUGGAUGCUGCUGCAGGAGGAUAAAAGCUUUACAAUACUAUCAGGGAUCAAGCCGGAUGAGUUUUGGUCGCUGCAUGAACGCGUGGUGGAAAAGUGCCCAACCGAUAAAGCCGAAUUCUUGGCAGGUCUGCCAUCUCAAAUAACCUUCGAUGAAGAUGAAAUCAUCAUUCCACCAAGUAUCAACCUUAACGCCAAUGUGGAGCUCUCCAUUCCGGAGAUACAUGCACUCUUCGAGUCAACAGUCGUCGAAGAGCCACCUUCGACUCCCAAAGGCACAAAUGUCCAAGAUAUCUUAGGGCUCGUUGUAUCACCCCCCAACGCGCUUCUGCAUUCGCCACUGGCGACGACACUCACGAAGACAUAUACCAACAAUGACUUCCGUGAAUUGCGACAGGUACCUUCAGCAAGGCAGAACACAAGCCGUCUGCCUAGUACGCAUGGUAAGUUUUUAUUGAUUGAUAGCAAUAUUGCUUCGCACUGA